AUGCUCAACACAACUAAUACUGUCUCUGCUUUUUAUGAUCAGGAGCCUGGCGCUCCGCCUCCCUUCCCUCCUAUGCUCACAGACCAGCUGGAAGUAUUUGGAAGUGCUCACCACCACUCAACUACACUUGUUUCCGAUGAGAUUCUUCCUCCCAGAAUCAGCACUGUCAAUCCUUGGAAGGACACAUCGCCAUACCAGAAAAAAGUUUUAUUCAAGUGUUCACGUUCCCACUCUCAGAUGCCCAUGCCCUCAGAUUGUUCAGGUUCAUUAGAUUCAGCAUCAGACAGUGGCUCCUCAUCUUCGACUGAGAGCCUAUCAGAAGAUUCAAAAAUACCAAAGCCCCCUGGUGAACCUGGUCGUCCGGGGCAUGGCAGAUACACACUCCAUGAGGCUUUAGACUGGAAUCCAAAGGCAUAUGCUAAGUUCAGGAAAUAUAUGCACCACCUCAUUGAGGAACAUCUCGAUACAACCAAGUGCGCUUCUUCCCAAAGUCACACACUCCUAAAAAUUGUGCGUGAUAAGGCUGUCGAUGCUUUCCUGGACUUGGACAAUUACAGUGGCUUCUGGCUGCUGAAUGAUAUUAUCAUGAUGCAUUUGAAAUACACAUCAGGUCGUGCUAGGCAGAAGGAAGUAAGGAUGGCUGCGGGCAAGUCAAAGUCCAAGAGCAAGCAAGAUUCGUCGAAAGAGGUACCAUUCAAAUAA